AUGUUCUGCACCCUUCCUUCGCCCUCGCCGUCGCUGGCCGCAGUCCCAAGCGGCAGCCCCAUGGAGCGCAAGGCCCCUCCCGUCGAGCUCAUCGAGCCCAUCGUCUUCCGGUACCCCUUCACCGCCCAGGACCUGAAACAGUCCGAUUACUACUCCCAGAUCGUCGGCAGCUGCAAAAAGUCGAGCUCAAACUCAAACUCGGACCCCACAUCCGACUCGCCUUCUACAGACAGCACCCAUUCCCUCACCUCCACCACCAUGCAGGUCUCCGUCCACACCCCCGGCCGCCAUCUGAAGAAGGAGCUGGCGCUGGUCUUUCCGGAACUCAAGAACUCCAAGCACCUCGACCAAUUGCUUGUCAUUCCCACCUUCCAGCUUUCGCGCCACGACCUGGUCGCCGUAACGCCGGAGACCAACCUGGAACGCAACAUCUUGCUCGACUAUAUUUACAUUUUUGGCCAAAAGUUUCGGGACAACAUCGCCGCCCUCGGCUACUGGGCUGACAUGACCGACCCGGCCUCGGGAUACCCCAUCUAUUCGGACCGUGGUGCUGCGCUGUAUCCUGAUGUGGACGGCGCAAUCCGGCUUCUCAAGUACCAGACCAUCCUCGCCGGCUGCUGCAAAGUCCUGCGGCAUCCCAAGUGGGGCACCAAGAACUAUCCGGCCACUCUGUUCACCACUGCGCCGCUCCCGGUUGUUGAGCAGGUCCUCAGCGCCAUGAUUUCGUCGAACCUCGAAUCCUGUGCCAAGGAGCACAACUAG